AUGCAUUCGUGGGCCACCCUCGCCGUGGCGCUGCUGGCCAACGGGGUGGCGGCGCAGAACAUGCUGCGGUUCGCGUGCUCGCAGCUCGUCGUCGACCGCAUCGACCCCCUGGUCAACCCGGGCGUGCGGUACACGCCGCAUCUGCACCAGAUCGUCGGCGGCAACUCGUUCAACCUGACCAUGGACAUUAGCAAGCACGACCUCGCGGCCCAGUCGUCGUGCACGUCGUGCACCUUCAACGAGGAUCUGUCCAACUACUGGACCGCCGUCAUGUUCUUCAAGGCCAAGAACGGCACCUACAAGCGCGUGCCCCAGGUCGGCAACGGCGGGCCCCAGGGCCAGCUGGUCAACAAUGGCGGCCUCGACGUCUACUACAUUCCCAGCGGCAAGGUCACCGCCUUCAAGCAGGGCUUCCGCAUGCUUGCCGGCAACGCCGCAAACACAGAUAACAGCAAGGUGUCCAAGGGCAACAUCUGCCAUCGCUGCUGGACGUCGACCAACGACAACACGUUCGUCGGCGGCGCUCCCUGCUCCGGCUCCGACACGGUCGACAUUCCCCAGGACACCAAGUGCAAGAUGAUCCGCCAGACCAUCAUCUUCCCCGCAUGCUGGGACGGCAAGAACCUCGACUCGCCCGAUCACAAGUCGCACGUCACCUACAGCGGCUCCGGCGCCAGCGGCGGCGGCUCGUGCCCGUCGACGCAUCCCGUCAAGCUGCCCCAGGUCAUGUACGAGCUGAUGUGGAACGUGUCGUCCUUCAUGGACAAGAGCAUCUGGCCCGACUCCGGCCCGGCCCUCAUGUACAGCAUGAACCUCGGUGGCGCUGCCGCCCACGGCGACUACGUCUUCGGCUGGAAGGGGGACUCGCUGCAGAAGGCCAUGGACAAGAACUGCAACCUCAACAAAGACUGCCCGGCCGCCGGCCUCACCGCCCAGACGCCCGCGAAGUACAACGCCUGCAACAUCAAGCAGCAGGCUCCCGAGACGGUCGAUGGCUGGCUCAAGGCUCUGCCAAUGGGCGAGAUGGCCAUCAAGGCCUAG